AUGAGUGCAAAAAAUAUUGAGAUUAAGCAGAAUGUUUUCUUAUCGAACAUUUUUUGCGACUCGGACAAUUUGAAGAAUUUAAUAAGGAACAGCCCUAAGAAAAGGGCAAGGGAAAAGGACAAAGAAAAGAAUUACUUGUCGGCCCAAAACUUCUCCUACGACAGGGAGGGCGAUGAAGACAUCUUCAAGGUGGAAGAAAUUUACGACCGAGACUUCUCGUCGAAGGAAAAAAAAUGCAAGCUUUUCGUGCCAUUCAAAAACAAACGGGAGAAGGAGCCCAGAUUUAUCACCAUAGAAAAGAUAAAGAAAAAAUAUAAAAGCAUCAAUAUAUACGAUGCGCUAAAGGACAAAUUGAGAUUGCUCGAUUCGGAGGAAGCUAAUUACAAAUGGCAAGACAUACUAAACUAUGAGGACUCGUCUUUCGAUAUAUUCACAAUAGACGAAAUAGUGAAGGAGCUGAAGGAGGAGGAAAUCCCAGAGGACCAAAUAAUAGGGGAGAAUAGCCAAAAAGUAGAAAAUAACAAGUCAGCAAAGGAGUUAAAUCAUGAAAAUUUAAAGAAAAAAAAAGAAGAAAGGAACAUAGUUCCGUUUAAGGCGAAAGGAGUGAUCUCAAAACAGAAGAACAUAUUUCAAAGUGUCUUUGACGACAUAUACAUUUAUGAUUAUAAUUAUGAGUCCAACUUGUUUAGGGUAAAGAAAAAAACAUCGAACGAAUUUUUCGAAAUUCAUCGAAUGCAGUUUUUUUUUACUAGCGAAAAUCCAAUACUAUACGCAGAGAAAAUUUUUAACGCCAUUAAAAACAGAUCUACCAACUUGAAGAGAAAGCUGUAUUUUGCAGAAAUUGACAACAAGUUUUCUCACUUCAAUUGUAUACUCAACGAUGUGGAAGAAAUUGCCGAAAGUAAUUCAAUCAUAAAAAAUGCCAAUGAUUUGCAAUCUAUUGCGAGUAAUCUGAACACUUUCUGUAAUGUUUAUCUAGGCAGAAGAAUUUGCAGAAACAAAUUUUUUAAUUUCCCCUGCCAGUUGUACAGAGCUCAGAACGAAAUAAAAUACUACAACUACGAUUUCGAGAACAAGAAGAAUAUCAUUAAGCAGUGUGUACUUCUGGAGAAUAAGAAAGUCAUCAGAACUUUUUUGGAUAUCAUUAACAAAUGUGCCUUGAUUAAGAUAUCCAUAUUUGACACCACCAUUUCCAGUCCCUACGAGAUGAACGACUUUUUCCAGGCGCAGAACUCGUCCAUUUUGAAGUCCUUCGAGCGUGUGAACAGUGCCUGGAUGAACGACAUGAAGACAAUUAUCGAGGAGAACCUGAAGAACUGCACCAAGGGCAAUUACAACCUGAAGGAUAUCUCCACGGAGACAUUUAAAUACACCAAGAUAAGGAUCUUCUUCAACAUAUUGAAAUUGAUCAUCGAAAGGAGAAUAAACGAAAUACUUAUUAGCAACAUGGACGAGUUUGUAAACAUGUUCGUGCAGAACAUGGUAAGUUGCAAGAAGAACAAGAAUUAUAUGCCCGUAUUCGUAAUUAACGUAACGAAGAAAUUUGACUGUUCUAGAUUUAUUCUAGACAACAGCCCCCUCUCCUUCUUCGAAAAGUUGGAAGACCUCAUAUACUCCAUGCUCAUAAAAUAUCAACAGAUAGAAAAAAUAGAAAAGUUAGUAAUCCCACAGGUAUUCAAAAAUGACAAAUUCAUUUUCUACAAAUCUAUCAAGGAAAGUGACAAAUUUAUAUGUGAAAAAUUACUGCACAUAAAACACAUUUUUGACGAAUCAAAAAAUAUGAUAGAUAGCUACUUGUCAAAAAUUAACAAGCACGCUGACAUUCUCAAUUUCAAUGUUAAUGAUGCCAUCAAAAAUAUUGACAUUAAUACAAGUGUAGAACAUAUUCAAAAUAUCAUCUACAAGAAUCUUGAAAAAAUACAAAACAUUAAUGAUACCAUCGAGGAUAAUAUUAACUUGGGUAUCUUUCUCGUCAAAUGCAAAGACAUCAAACUUUUUAUCAUAAAUGAGAUUAAUAAUUAUGUCAAGGCUUUAACCAACAUCAUUGUCCAGCGGUACAAGGAAAAAUACACAUCGAACCUCAUGUUCUACAACUCCAUCAUCGUGAGGCUGAAAAAAAAGACCAACAAAAUUCAGGAUAUUUACGAAAAGGAGGAGUACAUAAAAGACAUGAAGAAGAGCCUAGACUUCGUUUCGCACGACAUCAAAGAAAUCAAUGUCCUCUUCAACUGCCUGAACAAGCUCAACUACAAAUUUUCCAACGAUGAUUACUUGUCCUACUGGAAAAUAGUAAAUCGACCUAGCAAGAUAGAAAAAAUUGUCAAGGAGGUUAACGAGCACAUAGUUAAGCAAAAAAAUAUUCUCCUUGAAGAACUCAUAAAUGACGAAUCAAAAUUCCAGAGUAGCAUUGUUGAGAUGAAGGAAAAUGUGCAGUCCAUCAAAAGCUUCAACGAUGAGGGGAAUUACCUGAGCAUUAACAAGUUUAUUCUGACGGUUCAGAAUCAGCUAGCCGUUCUAAUCAAGGAGUCCAAGGAAAUCAAUUACAGGGAGAAGUUAUUUAACAUUGAAAUAUCGGAUUUUUCCAUCCUUCCGAAAAUUCAAAAUGAACUAAACCUGUACUAUACCUUUUGGCUUAUAUAUAAGAGCAUAAAGUCGAUGGAUGAACGGUUCGACAAAAAAAUAAACUCCCUCAACCACAAAAAAAUAGAAGAAGACUUUAACUUGAUCCUGAAAAAUAUGAACAAAAUUAACAAGCACGCAAAUGAGUACUACAAAAAUAAAAAUGGAUUAAUCAAAAAGAUGAACGAGAAGCUGACCUUCUUCAAUUCAUACGUGUCUCUGUUAAUUUCGUUGAGGAAGCCGAGCAUAAAGGAGAGACACAAGGAGCAGAUAGCCAAAAUCAUCGACGACAAAAACAACAUCGACUUCAACACAAUCACAUUUAACGAGCUCCUCAAGUUAAACAUAAAUAACAAAAUAACCAGUAUCAUUAACAUUUGUGAAAAGGCCAAUAAGGAGAAUGCCAUCGAGAAGUUUUUGGGUAAGAUAAAAAACAACUUCAACAAAAUCGAGUUCCAAAUGAAGCAAGAGGAGAAUAACAAAAUCUGGAUCAUCUCCAACCUGAACGAAAUUUUGACAAAAAUAGAGGAGAACCUGGUGCUGAACCAAAAUUUGCUCAUAAUAAAUAUCUACGAAAUUUAUCACAUCGACAUAAUUAACAACCAGAAUAUGAUGAUGAACGCGAACAACAUUAUCCACACUUUGAAGAAGAGUCAAAAUUUGUUUCUGUACCUGAGUCGGAUUUUCGUACUGACGGACAUUUCAAAACAGCUAGCGAACGAGUCUAAAAAGUACAAGCUGAUCUACAGCAACUUCCAUAACCUGUGCAAACUCAUCGAGGAAGACAAGAAGCUGGAGAAGUUCUGCGCCCGGAAGGACACCAAGGAAAAGCUGGUCGAGCUGUACAACAAUCUGAACCUACUCCUAAAAAGCAUCAACGAGUAUCUAGACCUGAAAAGAGAAAUCUUCAACCGAUUUUACUUCCUCAGCACAGAUGACCUGAUCAACUUGAUCUCCUCAAACAUCAAUGACCAAAUAAACACCUACCUAUUUAAAAUUUUUAACAGUAUUUACAAGCUGGUCAUCGUGAAUGGACACAUCGUGGCCUUCCAAUCCCAAAGGGGAGAGGAGCUCCUCCUCUGCAACGAAAUUCAAAUUGAAAAAAAAGAAAUCACGGAAAUCCUUGUAGAAGUGGAAAAGGAAAUGUUCUUCAGCGUGAAAAAGCAGAUCUAUGAUAAUAUUUUGGAGUAUAAAAAUUUGAUGGACAUAAAGGAGGAUGACUUUCUCAAGAGCAACAAUGACAUUAAAAGUUACUCUAAGUGUAAGUCGUAUGAUUACGAUUCGGUGGAUUCCUCGAGUAGUUCUUCCUCCGUUCAGAGCAUGUCUGAUGAGGGGGAUUUCGCAGAAGGACAACCGCGCGAUGGGGGAGUGGCCAAUAAUGGGAGGGUUGCACACAACGGGAUAACCACCCACGAUGGAAGUGCACUACUUGAUGUACCCCCCGCCAAAUCCUCCUCAUCCACCAUACUCCCCUCGAUGAAAAAAAAGGUCCUCUUCUCCCUGAACAAGAAUAGCCAGUUCGUAUUGAUAAUAAAGAACCUCUUCUGGUCUAAUCUUGUGGAACUUUUUCUAAAAUACAACAACCUGGGCAAGUACAAAAAGAUACUGAAUGAAGAGCUAUACGAAUACAUUAACAUAAUCAACAAAGUCGGAAAGAAGAAAAGCGUUCUCCUACACACACUGAUAAUAUCGCUAGUUCAUAAUAGAGAUAUAGUAGAGGAGUUAAUAAAAAAAAAAGUGAAUGACGUAAAUAAUUUUAAUUGGUUAAUACAGCUUAAAUAUUCGUACUACAACAAAAAUUUGUACAUAAAAUAUCUGAACGAGUCUUAUAUAUAUGGUUACGAGUACAUCCAUAACGACAAUAAAAUUAUACUCACCAGUUUGAUAAAUAAAUAUUUUAUAUCGAUUUUACAUUCCUAUAGCUCGAAGCUAGGUGUGUGUUCUGUAGGAUUGGCUGGAACAGGAAAGACAGAGACUACAAAAUAUUUUUCUAAAUUCGUAGGAAAGUUCUACUUCGUCUACAACUGCAGUUGCAACAUUAAUUUUGAUUUUCUGAAAAAUUUAUUUUUUGGAAUUGCCACUAAUGGCAUAUUUUUUUGUUUCGAUGAAUUUAACAGAAUAACUAUAGAGGCCUUGAGCGUUCUGGCACAGCAGCUGUGUAAUUUGUUCAGUGCCAAGUCGAGGAAGUUCACCAGAAACGGUGCCAACUGUGGGGCAAGCUUUGCGCAGAUUGGACACCAGGGGGGUAGUGACGUAGGGCGAGACACUGUGGAUGAGGUAGUUGAAGAGUCACCUAGGGAGAGUCAUACUGGUGGGUACAUAUCCCAACAUGGUGUACCACACCGGGGGGGAACCCAUCGAAUUUGUGGUAGACCAAAUUCGGAAGGUUUCCCUUCAAGAGAUGUUCACCACGCGGGAAAGAAAAACAUGCUUUUCUUUGAAGGGAAGUACAUAAAAAUUAACGAGGAGUUCAACAUUUUUAUUAUCAUAAAUCCAUUUUACAAAGGAAGGAGUGCAUUGCCAAACAACAUCAAAGCCCUCUUCCGCUUUUUCAAUUUUAUUAAGCCUGACUUUUUCACCAUCGUUGAGGUCAUGCUUUACUCCAAGGGUUACAAAUACAGUAAGGUGUUGUCUAAAAAAAUUAUCCUCCUCUUCGAACUCUGCGAACAUAAUUUAAGUCCACAAAAACAUUAUAAAUAUGACCUCAGAACUGUGAAGAAGAUAACCUAUGUCAUGGGGAAAAUUAUCGUCGACAAGGACAACAACAAUCAUAAUAAAAACAUUUUCUACGAGUACAAAUUUCUGUUCAUUGCUAUUAUUGAGUGUAUAAUGCCGUCCAUAGUCCGAAACGAUAUUUAUGUUUUCCUCACCAUUAUGAAGAACAUCUUCUAUGAGCUAUACGCCUACAACCAAUCCCUCAACCCAUCCGGAAAAAACUGUGGCGCCAUAGACUUGAAGUGCAUCCUGUCUAGCAAGAGGAACAACGAUAAUAGUAUUCUCAUGUACUUGAAAAGUUUCUAUUGCAAUAUGAUGAGCGAGUCGGGGGUGGGCCACACCAUAGGUAGCAACGAAAGGAACGAGGACAAGGACCAGCAGGAUGACAAGGACCAACGCGAUGACAAGGACCAACACGAUGACAAGGACCAACACGAUGACGGUGAUAAGUGCAAAGGGCAAGGGGAGUAUCCUCAGUUUGGGGAUGGAUCAGAAGACAACACGAAGAAUCGCCCAGUGAACCAUUCCGAAAUGGCAAUCACGAACGGUAAUUACUCAAAGAGCGGUACAAAGAUGACGCCAAAAGAAGAUUCCACUCAAUGCAGACGAAGCGUGGAGAUAUUACCCGAUGAAGGAAAAGGACCAGCGAAGGAAGAAAAUCAUGAAGGAAGAAAAUUAUUUCUAAGCAAAAAAGAAAUCGUGGAAGAUUAUCUAAAAAAAAUGUUGAAAAAAAAAAUGUUGGAGUUAAAUUAUGUAGGCACAGACAGGUACAUCAGUAAACUUAUUCAACUUUAUAACAUGAUAAAAUUUCAUACGGGAAUUCUUUUCCUCUCAUACCCACUUUCCAAAACGACAUCAUACAAAAUAUUAUGUAGAACCAUAAACACCAUAAACGAUAGGGAGAUAAUAAAAAGAAAAAUCAAUGACUAUGUUAUAAAUGCCAACGUAGUAAGAGAAAUGGACAUGUUAGGUUUUUAUGAAGAGGUAUCAAAUAAAUGGGUUCAUGGAAUAUUAACAAAAAAAAUAAUUGAAAUAAACUCUACUUUUAAUAGAAGUGAUUAUCUCAACAUUAUUUAUUUCGAUUGUUAUUUGCAUUCCUUAUGGAUAGAGAAUCUAAACUCCGUUUUAGAUGAAUCGAAAAUUUUGUGCUUAUCUAAAUGUGAUAUUAUCCCUAUUUAUGAUCAUACUCGUUUUAUAAUGGAGACGCAUGACUUGAAAGACAUCACGAUGGCUACAGUAAGCAGAUGUGGACUCAUAAUUUUAAAUAACUACGAUUUAGAUAUUGCCUCGUACAUCUGCUCCUAUGUGAACUCUCUGACAACCAAUUUCGAUGCCAUUCACAAACACAUUUUGAUAAAUUUAUUUAUCGUCUUUUUUUACAAGUCUCUCCUCUUCAUCAGUAUCAACAACUUAUUUGUCUAUACAUUUAAUGAGUACUAUUAUUGCAUUUCCUUUAUUAAGUGUAUUGAUAGUUUAUUUUCCUACUGCUCCUUUGAGCUUAAUGAUUCCAGUAAAAAUGAGAGUUACCAGAAAUACAUCACAUCUAUCUUUUUGUAUUCUUUAAUUUGGAGUGUGGGUUCUAAUACGUACAAAAGGGGCCGAAAAAUCUUUAACGAUUUCCUUUGCAAGCAAAUUGUGAGGCAUAAAUUGAAGUUAACGUUUGAGACACUCGACGGGAGAUUGAUAGAUGUUCGCCAGUUAAAAGGUGGAAAUGGGCCCCACACAACCGACAACCCCGAUACGGACAACAUCUUGGCUAGUUCGCUUAUCGAUGUUGCCAAGCAACAGGGGGAGGACACCCCCUCUAUCAGCGCCAACGAGGAUCAUGCUUGUAAGGAUUAUACAAGUGACUGCUCAUCCCUCAGCAGCGACGCCCUCUCCGAUGUCGACAUUUACAACGAGCGCAACGAACCCAUCGAACACCACUAUGAGAACAUUAACGGCAUGUACGACUACUACCUACGCACCACUCGAAAGUGCAAAAAUCUGUUCAAGAGCUACGAUCCGCGACUGGGGGAGGACGAGAACGGGUGGCUCUUUGGCAAGUGCUACGGGAACUGUAGCUCCGAUUCGAACUCAAGCAACGACGAGAGGUACUUGAAGAGGUGGGGUGGGCGCAAGAGGAAGAAGUACCUGAACGAGCACGCCCCUGGUAGUGUGGACGACGUGAUGCAGAGUGUCAGUUACUACAACGAUGUGUACGGCUUGGCGGGGGGGCAACAGGGUGAUACGCAAACCGGUGGUAAGUGGGUGGGUGGUAGACAAAAGAGGAACCGCCCCCGUGGAAGCAGUGUUUCAUUAUCCACCUCUUUGCACAGCGACCCCCGCACAGAACCUCAUCUGCGGAUAAAUCUGUUCGAUUUUUACUUCAAAUACGAGAAGAACGUGAUGAGUCACCUAAAAAACAAAGAGAACAAGUUCACGCUGAUGGACGAGUGCCUGACGAACACAGACAUGUUGAUAAAACAGAAGAAGCACUUAUCCAUGCUUUACAACAUAGAUAUUUUUAUGAAAAACAGAAAGAGCAUUAUCAUGUCUGGCUGUAGUAACAUAGGAAAAACGCUCACUGUGGAUUACUAUCUAAACAAGGUGAUGGCAAAGGAUAAGUUUUUCACGGUAGAUUUUUAUUUCUCAUACAGCACUACGAGUAAUCACGUUCGAAAUUACAUCGAGUCGAAGUUAAUAAAAAGGAGAAGCAACUUCUAUGGCACGACAAAUAAUAGGAUUUGCGUUUUCUACAUUGACGAUAUAAAUAUAGAAACGGAAGUGGGUUCGAUAAAAAGGAGUCACUACUUAUCCUCACAUGAAUUUUUACGUAUGCUAUUUAAUUAUAAAUUUUUCAUAGAUCAGAACUUAGGGGUGAAAUACGUUGAAGAGAUUGCAUGUCUAGCGACGAUGAACAAUGCCUACACCAACACAACACACAGUGCCAGACUCUAUAACAACUUCAACAUUAUAUAUUACAAUAAUUACAAGUAUAAGGAAAUUUUCGAUAUUUUCUUUUGCAGUCUAAAAACCAUGUUUAGCAUUUACGAUAUUAACAUCAAAACUUUAGCUGCAAAUUUGGUCCAGAUGCAAAUAGACAUCUACAAAGGAGUUAAAGGAAUGAAACACAAUUACUAUCUGUACAAGGUAGAAAAUUUACAAGGAAAGGAAAUCUUCCUUCAUUCCUUUAAUAUAAAUAACAUGAGGGAUAUAUAUAAGUGCGUAAAUUAUUUGUCUAAAAAUAUUAACAUUCGAAAGGAGCAAAUGUUAUUGUAUUUUCUGUAUGAAAAUAAGGCUCUCUAUGAGGAAAGUUUUUUCUCCAAAAAUGCAAAAAAAAAAUGUGAAAGAAUUGUUAAGACAUCAUUUAGAAAAUACUUUCCACAAGAGGAGUAUGAGAAGGUAAUAAAUCAAUAUGAUAAUGGUCUCCUUUUUUGUAACUUUUUGAAUUUGUAUCAAAAUGUGUAUGAACAGGUCUCCGAUUUUAACGACCUAUAUAAUUGUGUGUACGGAUAUAUAUCCGAAUACGGAAACACUGAGAAAAUUAACAUAAUACUCUUCGAUAACGUUCUCAUUUAUAUUUGUAAGAUAACCAAAACUUUUAUGACUGAGAAUUCACACAUACUUUGCAUUGGCAUUAACGAUGCUGUGAAGAGGAAGGUCAACAAGAUUUGUGCGUUCAUAAUUAACAAGAUGCUCGUUGUGUCUGAACUGAACAAAAACAGUAAGGCUUCUCAAUUUGUAGAAGAAAUAAAUAGGUGCCUCUUCGAUUGUGGCAUUUAUGAAAAACAGUGCGUCUACUAUCUGAAUGAUGAAAAUAGUAGCCUUGAUUUUGUCCUAGAAAAUCUGAACAACAUUUACAACUACGGAGACAGUUACCUACUCUAUAAUGAAGAAAAUUUAAAGAAGAUAUACAGUGAGUGUAAAAAUAAAUGCGAAGAGGAACAUGUCGUUAGGAACUUAACCAACAUUUACAGCAUUUAUAAGAAAACCAUUCGAAAGUGUUUUCAUGUAAGUCUGAAUAUUUCGGCUAGCAGUUCGGAUGCCAUUCUCAAAUUUCCUUAUAUCCUUAAGAAUUCCCGCAUUAUUUACUUCGAGGAGGACAACAACGAGGGCCUGCACGUCAUCACGAAGAAUUUUUUCAGAGAUGCCGAGACCAAUCGAGUGCACAAUCCCAUCAGUAGGGUAGAAAAGUUGGGUAAGGCGAUGGAAGAUCUAACUGGGGUUGUAGAAAACCCGGUUAAGGCUAUAGAUGACCCUGCUAAGACGAUAGAAGAACAAGAUAAAACGGUGGACGAAUCUCCUCCCUCUAUUGCUACUGGCAUGGAAGCCAAGCCCGCCCGCGCGCUGGCGUCCAUCGACCUCGAGGUGAUGAACCCGGACCAGGACAUCAAAUGCCUGGAAGGAGUCGUCGAGGACAAAGUCUUCAUUCGGAUUCAUAAGGAAGUAAUGCACCUGGCGAAGAAAUACCAAGAGGAGAAGCAGGUCUACGUCUGUGUAAACUCAAACAAAUACGUACACUUUCUCCAUUACUUCGAUCAUUUUUACAACAUGAAGAGGAAGGAGUUCGACAAGAAUAUCGAUCUAUAUAGAAAGGCUCUCAACAAACUUCACAAGUGCGAGCAGGACAUCAAAAUAAUGAAGAACUACCUACUCAACAUGCAACCAGUGCUCAACAGCACAAACAUAGAAAUGAAGAAAAAGGUAAACCAAAUGGAGAGAGAAUCCAAAGAAGCAUAUAUCAAACAAACGGAAAUAAAAAAAAAAGAAUGCGAAAUGAAGACAAAGAUAAAAAAUAUAACACAUUUAAAAAAUGAAGUGAAUGAAGAAAUAACUAAAAGUUUUGCUCUCCUUAAUGAUUCCCUAAACAAUUUAAAUAAAUUGAAAGUAGAGCAUCUGAGAGAGUUGAAAGCUUUUGUUAACCCCCCUUCUAUUGUCGUCAUGGUCAUGCAGUGCAUCCUAACCUUCCUAAAGGAAGACGAAAAGUAUCUACAGGGAAAAUUGAUUAGACCAAAAACAUUGAACUAUUGGAUUCUAGCACAGAAAACCAUUUUUAGAGAUUCCAAAGUUUUUCUGGACAAUUUAAAAAAUUAUGAUAAAAAUUUAAUUGAAGAAGAAAUGAUCGUGAAAAUUUCUCCACUCAUUAAGAAUAAAAAUUUUAACCCCAAGUUUGUGAGAAAGGCAUCUAAGGCAUGCGAAACUAUGUGCCAGUGGAUCCUCGCCAUUUACCACUACUUCAUCAUUAACAAGGAACUGAAACCGAAGAAGGAGGAAGUCAUAACCCUAGAGAAUGAAAUAAACAAGGAACUGAGCUACCUGGAUGCAUGCAAGCAGGAGCUAAAUAUCGUGAACAACAAUUUGUGUACCAUCGAAAAGGAGAAGGAAGAAAUUACCAUCAAACAGAAAGAACUAGUCGAGAAAAUAGAAAACAUAAAACAGAAAAUCCAAAGAUCCAAAAUGAUCCUCUCCUGUCUUUUGGAGCAAGAAAUAAAAUGGAACAACAAAAAAAAAAACUUAAAAAAAAAAAGGGAUUUACUCAUCGGAGACUGCAUCAUCGUGUCAUCUCUCAUCAACUACAUGUCCUACUUUUCAUACGAGUACAGAAAAGUUAUUAAGUUAAAAGUGCAGGCAAUUCUAAAAAGACACAACAUUAAAUAUACAAAGGAUAUUGCCAUUUAUAGCUUUUUGGAGUCAAAAAUUAACAUAGAGAAAUGGGUCUCUUAUGGAUUGACAAACAGUAGAUUCUACUUUGAAAAUAUCAUCAUCAUGAAUAAUAGCAUUAAAUACAACUUGCUCAUCGACCCGCAUUUCAUCGUCACCAAUUUUUUAAAAAAAAAUUAUCAUAAGAAGAGGGAUGUGGAGAUCCUGCGAAAUAAUAGUUACAAUUUUGUUGACAAAAUAGAAAGGUGUAUGCAGCUAGGGAGCAUUAUCCUUUUCACACACUACGACGACGACUGCAGUGUUCUAUUUAACGCUCUCUUUAAUUACAGAAUUGGGAAAACGCUUCUCAGCUUUGGAAACGAGGGUGUGUGUGGCAAUGGUAACCAUGUUGUGCGUCACCGCCAAUCGGCUUCGGAUGAAUGCCACCCGCGGGAAAGCGGAAAAGAAUCAGACAAAGUGAAGGUAUCGAAUGGAACAACUGCAACGAACAAAGUAACUGCACCAGGCGAAGUCAUCGCACCAGACAAAGUAACUGGAACAGAUGAAGCCACCGAACCUGACAAAGUAACAGGAACAGACAAAGCAACCCAUGCAGAAGAAUCGGUUAAGGUGAAUGAACCCCCAGUGAGUGGCACACUAACUCAAAAUAACUGCGUCAAUUUCAAUAACAAAAUAAUCACCGUGGAUAGCGCGUUCAACAUUUACUUUAUCGUGUACGGAAACACGAAAUUCGAUGACAACACACAAAACCACCUGAACGUAAUUGAUUUCAAUAUAAAUCUAGACAUAUUGGAGGAGUACUUCCUGACGAACCUUAUCGACAAGCUCUUCCGAAGCACGAAUGAAAAUAGAAGCGCACUCAUUCAUCAAAUCCACGACCUCAACAAACAAAUGAUAAAGCAGGAGGAAGAAAUUCUACACAUAUUAAAUUACAAGGAAGAUAUCCUAAGUGAUGAUGAUAUAGUCAUCAGUUUUGAAAACGCAAACAAAAUAUACUCCAAAAAUAAAAAAAAAAUGAAAGAAUAUAAAAUGAAUAAGUUAGAAAUUACUAAAAUAAGGAAAAACUACAUGAGCAUGUCGGAACACAUCUCAGUUAUUUAUCACUGCAUGAAUAAUUUAGUUACUCUGAACCCCAUGUAUAACUUUUCCAUCUUAUCCUUUGUGCAACUCCUAAAUAUCAGUAUUGACAAAUCGGAGGAAAAUAAACUUCUUGAUAAAAGAAAAAAAGACAUACUAAACAUAUUCACCAGAAAAAUUCAUUACGAGAUUUCCAGGACACUAUCUGAGAAACAUCAACAAAUUUUCUUUUUCUACCUUGUGUGUAUGAUAAAUAUAUACAAGGGAGAAAUAGAUUACGAUGAUUAUUAUUUCUUCGUGUAUGGUGAUUAUCCUAAGGGGGAUGACAUUCGCAAUGAAGUCUUCCGAAAGGUUCAAUCUAAGCGGAAAAGUAAGCCACAUGUUGAUAAUAUUUUGGGUAACACCACAGUACUGGUGGACUCCUCCAUUUUGAAGGAACCAUGUGACAAUGACAGAGGGGAAGAACCAGCCACUUCAAACGAUGAAAUGGAUAAUAUGAGCGAACAAGAAGACCUCCAAACUGUUGUAGACGACGUGUCUAUUCAUAGCCUUGAUUCGGAUGGAUGCGACCUGCAAACAGCGGAGGAAUGUUCGAGCAAUGCCCAGGAUACCCCCGCGCAGAAGACAGGAGGGGAACCGAGUGUACUCAUGAAUGGUAGUCAUCUGGUGAACGGCACCUUGGAGGAGUACCUCCUACUUCCGAAGAGGAGCGAAAAGGACGACUUUCUAAAUUCCUGCGAGGGAAAUGCACUCAUCCAGGGUCAUGGCGCAGAGGAGGGGCGUGGCACUGGUGAUUGUGCCACGAAUAUGGGGGAGUCUCAUUUCACCUUCAACUUCGAAACGAAGAACCUGUCCUGGUUAAGUGCGAAGGAGUACAUGAGCGUAAAGAAAUUAAUCAGGAAGGAAAAAUAUUUUCUCUUCUUUAAAAAGGUCUUCAACGAGUAUGAACACCUAUUUAGAAGCAUCAAGACAGACCACACGGUAUUGCAGAACAAGGACUUAAAGCAUCUACUAACAAAUUUUGAGAAAUUAAUUAUUUUUAAAAUAUUUCGAUUUGAUAUUCUGAAACUUAACAUGAACAACUAUGUAGAUGCGUGCUUAAACAUAGGCUCUCAGAGCUACGCAAAGGAUCUGUACAAAUGCUACGAACACUCGUCACAGAAUAAAUUGAUCUUAAUUUUGUCUGAACACCGAUUAAGCACAGCUAGCGAAAUUAUGAUGUUGAGUGAAAAAAUUACUGGAAAAAAUAAUUUAAUCAUUUAUAACAAGAACGACAAGAACUAUUUGUUGCAGAUCUUAAAUGAUUCCAUUAAAAAUGGGUUCUGGGUACUAAUCGAGAAUGCUCACCUGAAUAUCCAUCUCAUUCUGGAAAUUGAAAAAUAUAUCGAGGCCUGUAACAUCCAAUACUCCAACCCAGAUUUCAGAAUCUGGAUCAGCACCAGCUCCGUGAAAUCAUUUCCCGAUUACCUUCUCAAGCUCUGCGUGAAAAUCACCUUCGAGAAUGUCCACAAUUUGAAGUCGGGACUGCUCAACAUUUACACCAACGUUGCGCAGGAGGAAGAAAACGACAACGAUGAUGAGGAGGAGGAUGACGAUGGUAACGAGGACGAGGAGGAAGAAGGCGAAGUAGAUAGUGGAGUGGACGAAGAAGAGGUUGAAAGCGAUGUGCACGAAGUUGGAAGUGGAGAAGAAGUUGACGAUGAUAAUAACGAUGAGGAGGAUGACGAAUACAAUGAUGAAGAGGAGGAUAACCACGUUAUGGAUAAUGUUGUUGAUGAUGAUCCAGAUGACAUGCCGAAUGACCAACCGUCCCGUCCGCACGGUGGACGGCCGGACAAGCAGACUACCCCCCGCAAAGGUAUCGUGGACGUUGGAGCCAAGUGGGGCGAAGGGGAUAACCCAGAAGGGACCCCAAACGGAGGAAGGGAAAGAAUGGGUAAGGAUCUACCUAGACGAAGAAAAGAGAGGAAUCGAAAAAAAGGGCACAAGAGAAGGGGCGAAAAGAGAAGCGAAAAAAGGAGCGAAAACGAAAACAUACUGAUGAACAAAUUGAACUUUAGCCUCUGCUUCUUCCACGCACUCAUCCAGGAGAGAAGCAAAUUCAAGAGUAAAGGAUUUAAUAAUUGUUACGAAUUUACCGAUAUCGAGCUAAAACUUUCCAAGGAAAAUAUCAUCAAAUUUUUCAGAAACAAAAACAUAGAUAUAAAUCUCUUACUUUACCUUAUUGGAAAUAUCAUUUAUGGUGGUACUAUAAUAGACGUAACGGACCAGAGAUGUUUUAAUAUCAUGCUCAACAAGUAUAUUAAUGAAAAGGUUAUUUAUUGUAAUAACGAGUACAAGUUUAAUAACUACUACUACUGUCCUCACAGUUCAAAUAAAAACCUCUUCCUAAGAUACGUCAAGUCCUUAAAUUUUAUAACUGAUUUUUCUAUUUUCAAUUUACACCCCUCUCUAAAUACCCUAUAUUUACAAAAUUACAAUUUAAAAAUUUUGAAAAAUCUGGAGAAACUAGAAUAUAAUGUAACGAAGGACAAGUCGGACAUGCAUAUCUUCUCCAUCAUCCAUGUCUUAACGCAGCUCCUUCCUCCAUUCAUAGAUGCCAAUAAGCUAAACGAUUUCUUCAUCAACAACUUAAGUUGCUCUAUCAUUACCUUCCUCAAAAUGGAAACAGACAAAUAUAAUAAAUUGCUAAGGAUUAUAUAUGAUGACUUAACAAAAAUAAUUAACUUUGUCAAGGGGAAAAUGAAUUUCACAAAAAUUGCUAACACUUAUAAUUCUAUAAGCAAUUUAUGUGUUCCCAAGAGGUGGAUUGACUGUUCUUUCUUUACAAAUUUGCAGAUUUUUCACUAUGCCAAAUUGAUUAGCCUUAAAGUUUCCUACCUAAACAGAUACAUUUCUCAACUGGAUAAUCGCAUCUUCAACUUGGCUGCCUUUAUGUCCCCUAGGAGCCUGAUGCUGGCCAUCCGCCAAGAAAUUUGUACAGAAGCAAAGAUUGACGUUAACAACGUAAAGUUAAAGUUCGAGAUUUCCUCCUACUUCAACGAGGAAGAGAUAAAGGAGGACGGAUACUUCGUCGGCGGGCUCUUCAUCGAGGGCGCCAUGUUUGACGCCACAAAGAUGGUUAUAAAGGAAUCCACAGAAAAAUACCUCUAUUGCCCCAUGCCGUACAUCAAGGUGUACUUCCUCACCAAGAACAUACCUGUAGCGAAGCCCCUCUCCAUUACUGCCAAAGCUCCCAAACCUGCCAAAGUUGCCGCCGUUACCAACAAAGGCCGAGGACACGGUUCCAACUUCUACAUAUUCAAGUGCCCCAUAUACAAAAAUAUGCACAAAACGGACAAUCGGCUAAACAACAACGAACCCAUAUUUUACUUAAAGCUAAACUCCAAGGAGAGAAAGGAAAAGUGGAUUGAACGAAAUGUGUCCGGCGUGUUAAUACUAAAAUGA